CGAGUGCGGUUGCUGCGCAUAGCAGGUGAUUUAAUUGCGCAAAUACGUGCUACAUUAUCGGUGUAAAUAGUGAAAAACUUAGGCUGUGAGCCUUACUACAGUCAAUCUGUCGGUUACCACAUAUUUCGCUGUGACCCACUGCACAUUUCUUGAUAUCCAAUAACGAUCUGCUUCAAAUAUCUCUGUUGAAACCACCUCUUCAAGACUCUGUUGAUCGUGUAGCUUAGUAUAUUUCUUUUUUUUUCUUUUUCGCUUACGACUCGCGAUGGGCAGCAGCGUUACGUCCGUGAAAGCAUUGCUUUCGAGCAAACCUUUUCGAAUUAAGUUUUCGCUCAUAUGUCCACGAGAUAGCAAAUUUCAGUGUUACAUUAGCCGCUAUAUUUUCCAAUUUCAUGUGACCUAGAUUUAAGCUACCUGAGGUUGAAAUUACGCGCCGAGGCUUUUAGCAAAAAUAGUUGUCAGCUGAAAAUCAAAGCGGUGUGCCACUUUUUGGAUGUUGUGAUAUUUGUGAAAUUGAUUAUAUUUUUCCCCUAGUGAUGCCAAACUACUUACUGGUCACAUGCUUGGACUUCUGAAGGAGUACUUGAAAAGUUUUCCUUCCAAUCCAGCAUUGUAACUGACGCCUGUCACAGGUAUGACAGUGGUAUUUGCCCUGCCGCACUGCCAUGAGUUCAAGAUCCAGAUGUGUCUCAUGUAAUAACUGUGCACGCCGACUGUCUCUACCCGUAUGUCACUAGAAAGUACAAAGGAUACAUUUCUGCAUUGUUGCAACAUUUAUUUUUCGUUAAAUGUUCAAAAUAUUUUUUUCUUUUCCUGGUCAAUAAGGACUUGCACAGAUUGCAGAUUUGCAUAGUUUAGAAAAAGCAUUGCAUAGUGGGCCUGUAGGUGUUUUUGAAUUUAAUGUUACCCUUCAGACUGGCUAAAUAUGUUGACAGCAACAGCGAAUACCUCCUUGCUGUAUUUGCAUUUCCUUGGAAUGUCUGUUCCAUACGGGUUCUUCAUAACAGUACAUGGUGCCAUUUAGUUUCUACCGUGUCGAAUUGACCAUUUGCAGAAGUCAGAGCGCCACCUAGCGCGAAAAACAGGAAGCUUGCGCCUCGCCGCUUGGUUGGAAAACAUCCGGGCUCCAGCCUUUCUUCCGUACGGCGGCAUCGGGUAGCGACAUUGUGUUAGCGCAGCUUCUGUCACGUUUUGUCGACGUUCUUUGGUGGUCGCACGUGACAUUCGUUAAUUAUGAUUGAAGAGGACUCCAUUCCCUUGCCGUUUUUGCAAACGGGAUGGACAACCGACUUCUCGGAGUGCCGGAUAACGAGCGACAAUGCGUGGCGUUAUCUGCACGCCAACACUUCGUCCGUUCGUCAGGCACACCGCGGAUGGGCUUUGAAAGAAGAAGGGUAUGUUAAGAACUUAAAACUUAACGUAAAUACCGCAGACCCUGCACUUGGCAUCAUACGAGCUACGUGCACGCCAUCCAUGAAGUCGGGCAUCUACGUGGUUACCGCAUGGUUCAAGAAAGCCGUUGGCGACAUUGCCGGGGCGCACUGUGAAUGUGUGGCCGGCCUCAGCGAGACAUGCCAGCACGUUGCUGGCCUUCUGCUCAGCGUUGCGGAUCUGGCAGAGGACAAGGGAAUGGAAGUCGCCUGCACGGACCUACCAUGCAAGUGGAUUGUUCCCGCAGAAGCCAAGAAGCCCGCUCCAAGGCUGCCUUUGGUGGAAAUCUCUUUCCGCAAAUAUAAAGUCAACAAGCCACUGCGUCCAAAAAAAAAGGCGACGAUACAACCCAUGCAGCCACCUGUCGCCCCCUACCGAAAAUCAAGUGGAGCAUUUCAGGGAGAGCCUCACGGAAUGCUACCCCAGCCUCCAAGCGCUACGCUACAUGGGGCAACAACCGGCACAACAUGUACCUGAGCCAUCUGCACAAUUAAUUGGAGACGAAGAAGACCUGUGGAGCGACAGAGUGCAAGAGAUUAUCAGUGCACACGUCAUCUUUGAAGCCCAUAGAGAAGGACGACCGUGACAAAAUAUGUGCAACCACAACAGGGCAAGCCGACAACAAAAACUGGCAUGCUGCCAGAGUUGGCCGGCUUACAGCCUCCCUUUUUAAGCGGGUGUGCCGUUGCAUCAAGCCAGAAAGUUUGC